AUGGCUCACAAUUCGUUGACUGACGCUCCUCGCAAUUUCAGGGAAGGCAUUGAUUGGCUCUUGGCCCUGAAAGGAAGGUACCCUGACGAGAGCCUCAAGGGUAUGGGCGAGGCAGUUUAUCAAUUGUUCAAAAGUGAUAAUGUUAGCGUUGAAGCGUCCACAGCUCUCCAGAAUGUACACGACAUUUGCAAAACGUUCUUGGACAAAGAAGGUUUGAACGAACAGUUUUUCGUAAAAGAAUUCCUACAUCGGCUGGCCAGGCCUAUGAACAAAAAGCCCGGCGCACUCGAUGAAAGCCCGGAGGUCAGUGCUAGCAGUGUGACGAAGGACUUAGUUCAUGUUGUGGGCCGUUGUGAGAAGUUCUUGAAAAAGAGCAAACUCUACAAGCAGUAUCCUGACGCUUACACCCGAAGUGCAACGUGGAAUUCGUCAUGCGCGCAGAACCCAGAAGCCUGUGCAGUCGUACUCGUGGGAAUUGCACCUAUGUUGUACACAGGCUUGCGUUCUUUACAGGUUGCGAGCGCCGGAGCACUCGAAGAUGAGUCGGAUUCCGCGGCCAAGGAGCGCAUGGGAGAGGUAUUGAAGGCCGUCGGUUUUGACGAUUCAGAAUGCCCAGCUAGCAACAGGAAUGCACCCGUACACAGGGCUUUGAGACGUGUGGAUGAACGUGUAUUUACCAUACUCCACAACCUCGCCGGGUUUUGGGUUUUCAAUUGA